GCGAGAGAGCCCCUGAGCUCGGCCGGGCCGGCUUGCGGGGAGUCGCUGAUCCGCCCCCCCGGCCUGGCGGCUCCCGCUAGCUACGGGCCAAGGGCCAGGCGGCGCGUCCCGGCUGGGGAAGAGCCCGACGCGCCGUGUCCCACCCCCCGGUGCCACCGCCUCAAAGCUCCGGCGUGCGAGCGCUUCUCUCCGCUGCCCCCCCCGGGGAGCUUCUCCGGGGCCUGCGGCUGCCCUAGCGCCGCCCCAGCCCGCCCGCUGCACUGACCGGCCCGCCCCUGCUGCUGAGCGCAGCCCGCUGUACUCCCAACCAUGCCGGGCCCUCUCGCCCCGCACGCCUCCCGAGUGCGGGCUCUGUACCGGCGGAUCCUGCUGCUGCACCGGGCGCUGCCGCUGGAGCUGAAGGCGCUGGGCGAUGAGUACGUGAAGGAGGAGUUCCGGAGGCACCGCUCGGUCGGGCCUGCUGAUGCCCAGCGCUUCCUGCGGGAAUGGGAGAUCUAUGCAGAAACGCUGUGGCAGCAAGCUAACGAAGACAGACAAAACUCAAGAAAAAAGACUUGCUUUGGAACCCCCCUCACAGAGGAGAAACUUAAUGACUUCCAUAAUGAACAGAUAAGACAACUGCAGGAAUUGAUGCAAGAAGCCACUAAACCUAAUAAGCAAUUUAAUAUUUCUGAUGAUUCUGAAUACAAGAACUAGAUUUUUUUAAAAUGCACUUAAAAGCAUUUUAUAGGGCUUCCUUUUUCAAUUUGAAUAGAACAUUAUUAUGAAUAAUGAAAGCUGAUAAUAUGGUAACUUUUUUGUGUUUUAACCUGAUGUAUCUGUUUCCUUAUGCAAUGAUGUUAGAAUUAUUGUAUGAUCCCAGGUUAUGUAAAUUAUAACACUUGCACUUUGUGGAACUUAGAAAAUGUUCUUUAUUUUAAGAAUUUGGUAAUAUUAAAGUUGUCAUGUUUUCAAAAUUGAAAGUUUUAUGCUAGAAUUGGAUUUAAGCACUUGGUAGGUCUUGAUUUCAAGCCAAGUCAUUAUUUGUGUAUCAUCCACUUCUUCCUCUAAUAAUGGAAAGGAUGCAAUCAACAGUAAUUUUCUGAUGGGGAUUCAGCAACAACAGUACAAAGAAUGAAUGUGUGCUACUGAUUUGGGUUUUUUUGCAUUGCAAAGAAGUAAACCAGGCUUACAAGGAUGUGUUGUUCUUUCAUUUGAAUGCUAGUUUUCUUCAUCAGUUUUAUUGUGUAAUUUUCCUUAAAACAAGAUACAUUUUUAUUCUAAAAUUCACCCUGCUUAAAACCAGUCUUACAAGCAAAAUAAUCAGUUUGUCAGUUAGAUCCCUAGAAUCUAUCAAAGUAGGAUUCCCUUCCUUAUCCCUGAAAUCUUGCUAUUUUACAGUCUUAUUAAUUCAGCAAUAAAAUAAUUCUUUAGUAGAA